AUGUUUAUUGUUGGACUAAAAUCAACAAAUCGAGUAAUAAAAGAAAAGUUAUUGCUUGAAGAUGGAUUAACAGUCGAUAAAGCAGUUCAAAUAGCACAAUCCAUUGAAAUGACCCAAAGUCAAGCACAAAUGCUUUCAAAAUAUGAAACAACAAUCUGCGAGAUCAGGAAGAUUCCAAGUAAAAGUUGGAGUAGUCAUUCCAAUAAAGCAGCAGGAAAAGGCAGCUAUAUGUCAGGCAGUAAAGCGCAGGUUGCAGUAGGUAAAAACUUCAAGAAGAAGAUCAGGAAGCGAUAA